AUGACAGAGGAGGAGGAUCCAUACGCACUUUCUUCUUCUGAAUCUGAAGACGAGGGACCAAAGAAACCGAUCAAGAUCGAAGGAAGAAGUGGCGAUUUGAAGCAGUUGCGCGAAGCCCUCAGUGAUCAAACUAAAUCCGCUUUGUUCGAAAACAAGGGGACCGUGAAGAAUGAGGCGAGAGAAGAGGAAUUGGCUGCUUUGAAGCAAGGGAACAAUGAGUUGAAGAAAAUGAAAAAGGACUUCGAGACCGGUGCCGUUCACAAUAUUGAAAAUGAAGACGAGGACGCAAAAAUCGCUCGUCUUGAAGAACGACAGAAGUUGACUGAAAUUGGACAAGAGAAAUUCUCAAAGUUCAAGACAAAGUUUGAAAAUAUCGACUCGACAAUGGAAGAAGACUUGGAGCAGAAGUUGAAAAGAAUGCAGAAGGAACAGAUUGGAGGACUCGGAAAGGAUACAUUGGCUUCUGCCAAGGAGAGAUUCGAAAAGGGAGAAAGUGAUAUCAUUGUUGAGAAGACGGCAGUCGAUAUCGAGAGAAGCGCAGAUCUUUCGAAAAUGAAGGCGGCAUUCCAAGAAGUGAAACAAGAAGAGAAAAAGAACUGUUGUAUCUGUGAUAAGGUGGUUUAUCCAGUGGAGAAGGUGGUUGCCAACAAGAAUUUGUAUCAUGUUCAAUGCUUCAAGUGCUGCAAGUGUGCCAAGAAAUUGACACCCACCAACUUCAACUCUCACGAAGGAAAACUCCUCUGCAAAGUUCACAUGUUGGAAGUGUUCCAUCCGGAAGUCGCCAAAACAAUGGACCCAGCGAACACUGAAGAAGACGAGCACGCUGCUUCUGACGAGGAGGAAUUUGCCGUUUCCAGCAAACCUAAGCAGCUUCAAGGAGUUGUUAAGUCUGGCGGUGGUGGUGUUCAUGAUGAAUUGGCACAACUCAAAUCGCUGAAAGAGAAGAAGGGAGACUUCGAGUCGUCGUGCAAGGAGGUUGAUAACGUCGAGAAGAAGACUCAGGUCGACAAAGAUCUCCUCGCAGCUGGAAAAGUGAAGGCCAACGCCGAGAAAUUCAUCUCCGGAGCAGCUCUUGAGAACAGUGACGACGAGAGUGAAAGUGCUGAUCGUGAUCCAAAUAUCAUCAGAGGAAGCAAGAAAGCUCAAAAGGUUGAGCUCAACUUUGAGAAUGUUGGAGAUAUUAAAAAUAAGUGGAAGGAAGGAAAUGUGGAGACUGCUGAAGCCAAGGAGGCUGCCGAGAGGAAGGAGUUGGAGGCGUUGAAGGGCGGAGUAUCAGUGAAGGACCGAUUUAAGGAGCGUGACGGGAACGACGAACAAGUUGUGGAGCGUAGCUGGAACAAGGAUGAGCUCAGCACUUCGGCCGCCGCGGAAGCCCGCAAGUCAUUCAUGGCUGGAAACGCCUAUGACGCUGCGAACCCGGUAGAGAAGACAGUGAAAGAUCUCGAUGACCUGAAAUUCGGACAGUUGAAAGGAUUCAAAGAUAGAUUCGAAAAAGGAGAGGAGGGAGUGGAAGUACAAAAGACACAAGUGGAUUUGGGAGAAGGUGUACAACUUGGAAGCAUCAAGGCUACUUUCGAAAAGGGAGCAGUUGAUGAGUCGGAGAUGACUGCAGAAGAGAGGGCGGAGCUGAAGAAAAGAGAGAUUGAAGCCGAGUUCCAGAGAUAUAAGUUGGCGAGGAAGAGUGCGAAGGCACAGGAAGAAGCAGAGGGAGCAGGAGAGGGAGGAGCUGGAAAUGAGAAGGCGUAUAAUCCGGCUGAUGUGGAAGUUAAGAUGGCCGGAAAAGCAUUCGAAAAGUUCCGUCAAAUCGACGCAUCUGGAGCAUCUCCAGUGCUUCCCAACCAAAAGAAGUCGUCAGAACCAAGUAAAUGGGAUAAGAAGGAUGACAAGCCGACUGCUGAAGUGAUUAACAGAAGAAAUGUUGAAGAUGAGACACCGGAACAAGAGGAUCAAGAUGCAUUUGAUGUGAAGAAUCUGAUGAACAAAUUCAAGAAUAUCGGAGAAUCUGGAAAUCAAAAGACACAGACUUCUGAGCACAGAGCAGAGUUGGAAGCGUUGAAAACUGCUGCCAAGGACUUCAAGGCCAAGUUUGAGAAUAGUGGAGAGGCGGAUGCGGAUGCAGCUGUUGUUGAGGCGAAGAGGCAGCAGAUGGAGGAGGAGUUCGAGGCGUUGAAGAGAGAACGAGAAGAAGCCCAAAAACGUCUCGAAGAGGAGCGUAUGGCAGAAGCCGCGGCGUCCCAAGGAAACGAAGCACGUGAUGAAGAUGUGGCAAUAAAGGCGGAGCAUGCCUCAAAAAUGACAGCGAAAUGGGAAAAGAUUCAACAGAAGGAGGCGAAGAAGGCGGAGAAAGGAAAGAUGCCAGAGAAGAAGGCAGGCAAUGCGAGAUUCUCUCUUCCACCACCCGACAAAUGCUCUUUGUGCACCAAAAACGUGUAUCGGGCAGAGCAAUUCCAGUGUUUCGGAUUACUGUAUCACGUCAACUGUUUUAGAUGUGUCGAUUGUAAGCAAGCUUUGAGAGUUGAAAAAGCGCAUCGCUGUCAAAAAUCGGGUGAUCUCUACUGUCGUGUUCACUUCAAACUGAUGGAGGAGAAUCAAAAUAGAAAAAUGAUGUCAGCGGAGGAGAAUAAUAAUAAUGAAAUGGAUGGACAAGUGGAGAAUCAAGAACAAGAACAAGUCUCCGAUAUUUAA